CCUUCAUCCUUUCAUCAACCAUCUCACCAACAUUAAUCACAAACCGACAUGACUACGCAGCGGAGAGCAUCCGCUCGCGUUCCUCGCAAGGCCAUCAUCGACUCCAGCGAUGAAUCGGACGAAGACGUGCUUCCAUUACAACCGAGCACGAAAGACAACAAACGCAAGCGGUCCGACCUCGACAGUGACGAGGAGGUACCAGAGCUCGAGGAUGAGGAGUAUGAGGUUGACUACAUCGUUGAUAGCCGGUGGCGAACCUACGGCAACACGCCGAUGUUCGAGUAUCUCAUCCACUGGAAGGGGUAUCCCGUCGAGGAGCGGUCCUGGACCCAAGGUGACCAAUUCGAGAACGAUGAUCCACCCGUCCUCGCGUUUUACAAGAAGUACCCCCGCAAGCCGCGGCCCACUCAGCGCACCAUCUUCGCCUUGAUGGUGGGCGGCAGACCAUCCAAAUCCUCCACAGCCUCUCAGAACAGCGUAAACAAGCGGAGGCCCACCUCCGCGAAGCUUUCCUCUAAAGUCCUCAGUAAACCGUUGCUUGCUAAGCACGCCAACAAGGGCAACGCGUCCAAACCCAAAGCGAAGAAGAAGGCCGCCGUUCCUUACGAGUCCGACAGUGAGAAAGAGAACUAUGCAGCAGUCCCGUCAAGGGCACCCAGCGUGGAAUCUGAGGAUGAGUUCAUCGCUGUUUCAGAUGGCUCCGGGGACGAGAGCUUCGAAUCGGAUCCUGAGGAGCCCGAGGACGAACCAGAAGCGGAACUGGUCUCGGAGGACGAUGACAACGCGGUUGACGACAAGCCAGCUGCGCGAGCCAAGAACGGGGGCUGGGGAGUGCGAGUCAAAGGUCCGAAGAAAGCACCUGUCAAACUGGGCGCCUUCAAAAGCGGUGUUCUACCUCUUCGCCCCAAGGGUUCCUCCGGUGCAGUAAAGGCUAUGACCUUGGCCGACGAUCUCCCUCCUAUCAACGACAUCGAAGCCAUCUUUGAUCACCUGACCUCGCGGCUACCUCAGAUAACUGAACUAGUUAAGCGUCUGAACGGCCGCAAGCUCCGUGUCGCCACCAUGUGCUCGGGCACCGAAUCGCCGUUACUUGCACUUGGCAUGAUCGCGAAGUCUGUCAAGCAGCAGCAUGGCGUGACCCUCGGUUUCGAACAUGUUUUUUCCUGUGAAAUCGAGCCCUUCAAGCAGGCCUACAUUGAGCGUAACUUUGCCCCUCCCAUCCUUUUCCGGGACGUCACGGAACUCGGUAAAGAUCGAGCGCACACCGCUUAUGGAUCCCUCAGGAAAGUGCCAGGAAACAUCGACAUUUUAAUCGCUGGCACAUCAUGUGUGGACUACUCGGGACUAAACAACGAGAAACAAGGCAUUGAUGCCAAUGGCGAGUCUGGCCGCACUUUCCGCGGAAUGCUGCAAUGGGUGAAGAAGCAUCAGCCGCCCAUUGUGAUCCUGGAGAACGUCUGUAGUGCUCCAUGGGACAAGGUUGUGGAAUACUUUGCCGAGAUCAACUACGACGCCAACUACACUCGUAUGGAUACCAAGGAGUACUACAUUCCACAUACUCGCACACGUAUCUACUUGUUGGCGACCCCUAUGACCAAAGCUGGCCCGACCCAUCUCCCCGAGAAAUGGAUGGAGACCGUCAAGGACCUGAAGCGUCCAUGGUCAUCACCUUUCGAAGCUUUCCUGCUUCCAACCGACGACGCUCACAUCCACCGUGCCCGCCUUGACCUCGCGGCGGAGCGCUACUACAAGGACGGCACCGCGCGCAAACCAACAGACUGGGGGCGAUGUGAAUCGCGCCAUGCGCGUGCUCGUGCCGACGAGGAGCUGGGGGUUCUUCGACCUCUCACAGCAUGGAAGGAAGCCGGCGUGUGCAAGGGCCUCGACUGGACCUGGAACGAUUGGUUGUUGGCCCAAACAGAGCGCGUUGUUGACCUGUUGGAUAUUUCGACACUUCGCGUGGCCAAGGAAGGGAUUGACUCGGGCUUCAAGGCAAUCAUCUGGAACGUAAGCCAAAACGUCGAUCGUCAAGCCGGAUACUCCAAGACGGCACUCGCCCCAUGCUUGACUCCCAACAUGAUCCCUUGGGUUACGAAUCGUGGCGGCCCUGUCACUGGUCGUGAGGCACUCGCACUUCAAGGAAUUCCCGUUCGUGAACUUCUCCUCACGAGUGAGACCGAGGAUCAACUGGCCGAUCUCGCCGGCAACGCGAUGACCACCACGGUCGUCGGCGCGUCCAUGCUGGCGGCAUUUCAUGUCGCGCUGAGAACUAUCCCGGAGGGCGAGGAUGCCAUGGAGAGCGCUGAAGAGCAGAGACGGGCAGAUGCCUUACUGCCGGCACCGGCCGAUCGAGUUAUCGGCGAGGAUGUGCUGGAGUCGCAUGACUUGGAUCUUGCCAAGGUAUCGACCGCGUCUAUUGCUGAAGUCCUCCUCCAGGCGGAACGCAGUUCGAGGCAUUGUGUCUGUGAGGGCCAGUUUGGCACAGCAGAGAAGCCGAUCAUGCAGUGCGGGGCAUGCGGAUAUCGCUCCUGCACCGGCUGCGGCGGUCGCCCCGAGCACGUCUACGCACCUUGCGAUACCCACCGCGUUGAACCUUCUGCGUUUGAGCAGCAGUUCAAGGAGUUGUUACCAAUGCGUGUCCAGAUCGCCGGCAUCAACCCCUCGUCGCUCGAGAAGCUCCGUGUAGAAGCGCAGGCCAACGGGAAGGGCGAAGUGGAGCAGUCCGACUGGGAGCUAUGGAGUGAUGCUGUUUCGCAAGCCGUCGUCGACAUGGAAUUCCGCUUCCGAUACCUGAAGCGACAGAACACGUGGACCGCCAUCUACGAGGCUCCGAGCGCCAUACUCGAAUGCUGGCUCCGCAACUCGGCCCCGGAGUGGCGUCUCACUGUCAAGGCGCCCGCUUCUGAGCCCGUCAACAGCAGACUCCGAGCUCUUCUCCGCCAUGCAGUCGCUCGUAUGCGUCUGGACAAAUCCAGCCAGGAUGUGCUGAGCGGCAAAUGGGAACUGUGUGUUCCAACGCAGCAGAUCUUCACCGUCCAGAUGAGUGGCAGUGGGGACCUCGUUCCGACCUGGGAGGCCGGCCUCGGUUUGCGAGGACAAUUCGCUGGUAAAACACGCUGGAGCCAGCUUACCCUUGACGUUCCCCCAGAAGCCACUCGCGCCCUGGACCGUGGCCUGUCGGGAACGUACACGCUACUUCCUUUGUGUGGCCAAGCUCAGAACUCCCUCCAUGUCAAGACCUCCGAUAAUGAUCAGCCUUCUUUGUACUUUUUCCUCGACCCAACUAGGUGUGGCGAUCCUAAGGACGACAGAUACGUGUUCUCGACAUCAAAUGAGCGUCUCGACUACACGUCAGAGCGCGAUAUCAUUGCGUCACUCUCGCCGGAAUGGCGUGAGUCAGACAAGCCAUCUGAGUCGAUCAAGAUGACUGUGGAUGGUGGUUGGAUUUGGUGUUCUGCAGCCCGCCUCACAGCUGUCGGCGGCAAGGACAUUGUAGUAAACGACAACGCCGCUCACCGCGACGACGCCACGUACGCCAUCCCCGUCUCCGCACGGGCGGUUUGCGCAGCCUCCGACUCGUGCGAGCAGUCUGUCGCCAUUUUAUCUGUCGAUGUUCCCUUGAAGUCUGACAGGGCGGAGGCCAUGUGGAAGUCCGAAGAGUGGACUCAGGUCGACCUACUCCAUAACGGCAAUGCCACCUUCUCCAACCUGGCUUGGAUCACCGAACGACUCCCGUCCUUGGACCGCUUUACAUCUUGGAACCAUCUCAGAGACGUGGAGAUUUCCGGAUCUGAAUGCCCAACCUGUGCGCCGCUGCCACCCACAAUCCACUGGAUCAAGCAGGCCGGCAAACUGGCAAAGAACGGACGCAAGACCAAGGCCACCAUUACCGCCUUCGAGGACCCCCUCGAGGCAGCACGGUACGAGAUGGCUCUGAAGAAUCGCCCGUCACCCUUUGAUGUACAGCUGCGGCACAUGGACGAGGUCGGAUCUUUCCGCAUUGGCCUGAACAUUGUCUCCCUGGCCCACCGCGCUCUCUCCCGCUUGCCACGCAGCGACGCGAAGGGAAAGGUCAGACUUUCAUGGCGACUGACGCCUGGACAAGCCACCGAUGUGCCCGAGAAACCGCGUGUCUUCUCGAUGCCGUCUAACAAACGCGACCCCGAGCAUUCGCAACCGAAAAAUUUCGAGUUGCCACUUCGUCCCGAGCAGCUGCGUUCAUUGUGGUGGAUGCUCGAGCAGGAGCGCGCUGAGGGCAAACAUCACACGUUCGUGGAGGAAGAGAUUUCCGAGGCACUUCUGCCGUCGCUCGGCUGGCGAGCCGAAGGCAAAGCGGAGCGCCCAGUUAUGGUCCGUGGCGGGGUCAUCGCUGAUGAAGUUGGCUACGGAAAGACUAUCAUCUCGCUGGCUUUGGCUGCUGAAACAAAGGGUGAUCCCGCCCCAGAGCCUGCGCCGGAGCAUUUGAUCGACCUCAAGGCCACGCUAAUUGUUGUUCCCGGACACCUCAGCAAGCAGUGGCCCAGUGAGAUAGAGCGCUUUACCGGCAAUCUCUUCAACGUCGUCGUCAUCCAAUCUAUGAAGUCGCUCCAAUCAAAGAGCAUUGCCGACCUCCGCAAAGCCGACCUUAUCGUUGUUGCGGCUGAGCUUUUCGACACCGAGUUGUACUGGGAGCGCUUCGAGUACCUUUCCGCUCAACCGCUAGAGUGGCUGCACGAAGCGAACGGUGGCCGAUUUUUCGCUGAUAGGCUUGACUCAGCCCUGAAAGCACUGCUGGACCAGACAGCGAUUCUCCAGACCGCCGGUGCCGGUGCCGCACACGAUAAGAUGGAGGAGCUUCAUGACGCUGCAGAGCAGGAGGUGGAGCGCAAGAAGGAGCAGAUGAAGGCUGCCAAUUUCGGAAAGCGGCUUAAGGGUGCUGCAUACCGCGACAAGUACGACGACUUGCCAGUCAAGAAGAAGGCUAAAGGUGAUGAUGGUGAAGAGGAUGAUUUCGACAUUUCCAUGCCCAAGCCGACGUUCCGCCAGGCGAGUGGGCCCGAGUCGCUCAAUAGCUCAAGGGUCAGGAAGGACUUCAACCUCAUGACAUGCCCAGUCUUCCACAUGUUCCGUUUCCGACGAGUCAUUGCCGACGAAUUCACAUAUCUUAAGGAUCGCGCUCUUCCUGCCAUCCUCCGCCUGCAUUCGUGCUACAAGUGGGUGCUCUCCGGAACUCCCCCAGUCCAAGACUUCCCGUCAAUCCGGAGCGUUGCGACGUUCAUGGGCAUUCACCUCGGUGUCUCAAGCGACACCGAAGGAGGCUCGGCACACCGGAAAGCUCGCGCGAAGGAGCAAACUGCGGCGGAGCGGUUCCACGCCUUCCGGGAAACCCACUCAGCCGCAUGGCAUAGGCGUCGUGAUGACCUCGCCCAGGAAUUCCUCAAUAAGUUCGUCCGCCAAAACUUGGCGGAGAUCGACGACAUUCCGACAGUGGAACACAUCCACACAUUCAAGCUACCGGCUUCUGAAGGUGCUGUCUAUCUGGAGCUAGAGCACCACCUUCAGGCUCUUGAGAUGCAGGCGCGCAAGGAGACCAAGCUCAAGGAUGUCACGCAGGGCGAUCGCAAUGCUCGUCUUGAGGAAGCCCUUGCAGACUCGAAGACCGCAGAGGAAGCUCUUCUCAAGCGGUGCUGCCACUUUACCCUGGACUUGACGGAUAAGAAGCGGGACGCCAAGUCUGCGCGAGAAGCUUGCGAGCACAUUUCCAAUGCGCGUCGCCAGCAAUUACAAGGAUGCGAAGAGGACCUCCGCCGAACCAUCAACCUUGCUGUCGGGAUGCAGGCGGCUAUCCGCAAGAAAGGUGGCUUCGAAAAGGGAGAGGCGCAGCCAUUCCGCGACUGGGUAUUCUCAUCGCGCGACAAGACCAAACACCACGGGGAUGCUGAGGCCGCCGAGCGCCUCAUCAAAAUCCUCCGCCAAUGCUGGGUCCAGUCGGAUGCAAUUCCAGACGUACCAGAGAACGGCAUAAUUCCAACCAUUCCUGCCAAAUUCAAGCUCGCCGACUUCAAGUGGGAGCUUCGCGAGCAGACUCAUCUGCUGCGCCGCCUCUCCAAGGAGCUUGUUGCUCGGGUGCGCUCUCUCCGGUUCUUUGAGGUCGUGCGCAAACUUCAGCACAAUGGCAACGAAGCGAUCGAGGUGCUGAAGGCCUCCGCAUGCGGACACUACCCGGAGAAUCAAAAGAAUGUGCCGAUGGCCCUCCUCUCGUGCUGCGGACACGUCGCCUGCUACGAGUGUAUGGUAAAGAAUGUGAAUGAUCAACGAUGCGUGAUGGGCGCGGACUGUCACGCCCCCGUCCGCCACACCAACAUUGUCAAGGUGUCGUCGCUGGGGAUCGAAGGGGAGCUCUCAUCUGGCCGGUACGGCGCCAAGCUUCUCCACCUUGUCAACCUCAUCAAGAAGAUUCCGAAGAAGGAGCGCAUCCUCGUCUUCUGCCAAUGGGACGAUCUCGUGCCCAAGCUUUCCGAGGCCCUCACUCACGGAAACAUCUCCCACGCGCAACUCACAGGCGCGAGCACAACUCGCUCGAACACACUCAGCAAGUUCCAGAAUGGAGGAAAGGACGCGGCGCGCGUGCUACUCCUAAAGCUCAACGAUUCUUCGGCGGCAGGUUCCAACCUUACCGUGGCGAACCAUGUCAUCUUCCUAGGACCGCUCUUCACCAAUACCUUGUACAGCUACAAAUCGACCGAGACUCAGGCAAUCGGCCGUAUCCGCCGCUUUGGGCAGGAGCGCCAUGUCCACGUCCACCGCCUCUUGGCCCAGGACACAAUCGACGAGACCAUUUUCAACGCCCGCUUCGAGGAGCUGUGCAGCAAGACGGACUACGUGCCCUACCCUCGCGAGGAGUAUGCCCAUGAGCAGACGCAGAGAUGACAUUUGCUGCGUCCGAAACCUUUUAAUAUUCCAGCGGGAGAGUACGCGCCUCAGGAGGCCAUAGAGCAGUGCGAUACUUGUGCGAUAAUGCAUAAUAUAAGAACGCGGGAUAGUGCACACU